AUGGCGACCAACCCGGCGUCAACACAGAACGGUGCUGAGCAAGAGGCCACGGGCAAUGGCACCGGCAUUCCAGCGGCAAACGGCGCCGCGGCUGGCGGUGCUGGCGGUGCCUCGUUGGCAGGCGAUGCUGCGGGUGCUGGAGCGGGCGCGGAUGAUCAUGCUACUGGUGCCGGCGCAUUCGCAGGCGACGCCGCGACGGGCCCGCAUUCGCUAACGGCCGCCGUCGAGCCGCGGCCCAUCACCACGGCCAAGGACAUUUCCCUCAAAGACUUUCUCAACAAGAUGGACGAUUACGCUCCCAUCAUCCCCGAUGCCGUCACCAACUACUACAUGACCAAAGCCGGCCUCCCCCCGCCGCCGCAGACCGACCCCCGCCUCGCGCGCCUGCUGGCCCUGGCCACGCAGAAGUUUGUCGCCGACAUCGCCGCCGAUGCGUACCAGUACAGCCGCGUGCGGGCGAGCAACACGGGCGGCAACAGCAACAACCCGAUGGGCAACCUGGGCACAGCGGCCGGCUUCCCCCUGCCGGGCCAGCCCAACGCGCCGGGCGUGGGCAGCAAAGACCAGGGCCGCGGCGGCGCGCUGGGCAUUCAGCGGCCGGGGUUUGGCGGCGGCGGGCAGGGCGGCAGCCAGAACCGGACGGUGCUGACGAUGGAGGACCUGGGCAUGGCGGUGGGCGAGUACGGCGUGAAUGUGAAGCGUGGUGAGUUUUACCGGUGA